AUGGCUGGGAUCGAUCCUGACCUCCAGCCUGGCCUCCAGCCUGACGUCCGCCCGCCGGAGAAUCCUGAACAGCAUGGCGACGCUGUCCGCACCCCCGAUUCAAGCUCCACCGUCGCGCCCACCAGCUCGACCCAGAAGCGACGUCGUACCGGAGGCGCUGCGCCGCGCGGUGUCGCCCAUCUAACACCUGAGCAGCUUGCACGGAAGCGAGCAAAUGACCGCGAAGCUCAGCGUGCCAUUCGGGAGCGUACGAAGAACCAGAUAGACUCUUUAAAUCGCCGGAUUCACGAGCUCGAGAGCCAACAGCCCUACCACGACCUACAGGUCGUGGUGCGCGAGAAGGAAGCUAUACAGGCGGAGAACGCAGAUAUCCGGACGCGCCUGGAGUCGGUGCUGGCUAUCAUACAGCCUAUCCUUCAGCGGACAUCUAAUGGACUUAAUGAAUUGGCAGCAGCAGCAGAACGGAAUUCGCUGCCCAUCGCCCCCGCGCAACGAGAAACUGCAUUGCCCUCCCAUAUCGCGCGACCGCUCCAUUCUGGCUUGGUCUCCCCCCAGAAUGGGAUCGCUUCUCCAGCUGGAACGGAUUCAAGCCGACAGUGGCUGUAUGCAGGCGAUGCGCCAGCGAGCCAUGUUCGUCGUUGGUCUGGGGACAGUCCUCAAUAUGAUCCUACACGGCCUCAGACGACCGCGGUACAGCCCGGGACUCCCUUCGAUGAGCGGUUGGGGGUGGAUUUCUUGCUGGAUAAUGGCCACAGGAGGGUGGACCCGAGUCUGCCUCCUCCCCCGCCGCAUUCGCAUCCGGCAAGCACCCCUCUCGUCGGCCAGCACGCUCCUUGCAAUCUUUUGCCUCAUCUUAUCCUCCCGCGCACGCUGCCAGCGACGUGUCCGCUCGACGACAUCAUGUUGAACUUCCUCUCCGAACGACAGGCGAGAGCGAGUGAAGGCGUUCCGUCGCACAUACUUUCAGGGCCCCCAUACCCAAACUUCACAGCUUUGGUCUAUCCUCGCCGCCAAGUAGAGUCGCACCCGCUGUCGAAGCUCUUCACAGACAUCAUUCGCACCUUUCCCGAUAUCUCUGGACUCCCUGAGCAAGUUGCUGUUGUCUACGUCAUGUUUCUCGUGAUGCGAUGGCAGAUAGAGCCUACACAGGAGAACUAUGAGCGUCUGCCGGACUGGGUAACACCACGUCCCUCGCAGUUGUUCAUUCCACACCCUUACUGGAUCAACCAUCUCCCCUGGCCUGGGCUGCGAGACCGCGUCGUCGCCGAACAGGCUACUACGCCUUUCGACUCCUUUUUUAUCCCCUUUACUACGACCUUAAGCUUAAAUUGGCCAUACGAUCCUACCAGCUGCCUUAUCCGUAAUUCGAACGUUCAACCGCUUGCACCUGCGUAUCCCACGACAGCACCAUCCGCAAGAGCGAACGGUCCAACAGCUUCCCAGCGCAUAGUGCAGCCGGGCGGUCCUAGUUCUCCGAUUGUUCUGGCACCAGAAGAAGAGCAGUGGGUCAUCAAUCCAGAGUUUGAAAGACACAUUCGAGAUCUCAGCAACUGGUCCUUGGGCCCCGCGUUCAGGACGGCGUUUCCGAACCUUGCAAAGGCGGUGAAGAUUAAGGAGCUGAGGUAG